GUAAAAUAAACUGUUAGAACUCAAAAACGAAAGCAGCACAAAUGUUCAUGUUAACUGCACAAAACAAAAAACUGUCAAAUUUGCAAAGGGGAAGGACGAGUGGAGGCUGUUUUCUGAGUCAAAAGCAUUGCUGGUGUGAGGAUGAGGGGAGAUUCAGGAUCUGAUGACACGAGGCAUGAAGUCUAGAAUGCAGCGGGCGAUGUCAAUCAUGGAUUGAAGACCGCAGAGCAUCUCUGGGUGCUGAGGAACUUCUCCACAGUAUCUGAGCUUUGACUUGGGCCCCUCGCAGCGAAGAACCUUUGGAAGGCGAUGAAGCUGCAAGAGCUCAUAGCCUUGAUCACUUCGAGAUGUGCUGCCCUUGAAGACAUGCAUGAGAACAUCACAGCCCAUCAUUUGGAGUUGGAAAGUUCCCCUCUUGUGCAUUGUGAGAUGACGUCCCAUGGUCCAAAGACGUCGACGCCUGCAUAGGUGAAGGGAGGUGCUACUUGCAGGCGUUCAGCUACGUCCACCUGUGUGAGACACCUGUUGCCCGUUUGGUGAUUACCACUUGGCUCUUGUGACUGCUUCAGGAACGGUGGGAAAAGACAGCACAGCAGGAGACAGGAAGAUGGAAAGGAUGGUGGACGAGGAUGAAGACAAGGACGAGGACAAGGUGAGGGAUGCUGUGGCCGGCGUGUGAGAGCACCCCACCAGCCGACGUGGGAUUCGUGAAGCUUGGACACCUUCUUCUUUAGGACGGGACGUAGUGGAGAUCUCCGACCAGAGCUGGACUCACAGCACCGACGGGGGGGUGUGAGCAUGAAGGUCUUUUUUACUGAGUUGUUGCUGAGAUGACAGUCAGAGACGUUUUAGGAGGAUUUUCAUCAUCAUCAUCAUCACAGCUCCUGGUGGACUUUUCUGUCUCCAUCUUUUGGAUUUGUGAGCGAUUUUCAGGACGUUGAGGAAGGUGAACAUAUAGCAGAGAUGCUCUCCAGCUGACUGAAGGACCCCGCCUGCCAGCACACUCUCAGCAUGGGAGACGGGGGCUGGGUGUGUCUCAGCCCAGCUGAGUUCCAGCAGCUGCAGCAGUACGGCCAGUACUCCACAAAGAAGCUGAAGGAUGUUCUGGAAGAAUUCCACGGCAAAGGAGUCCUGGCCAAAUACAACCCUGAACAGCAGCGAGAUGUUCUGAACAAACCCAUCGACUACGAGGGCUUCCAGCUCUUCAUGACCACAUACCUGGAGAACCACAUCCCCGACCUGCUGUGUCAGCACCUUUUCACCUCCUUUCAGAGCAAGACGGCAGCACAGUCUCCCGACCACCCGCAACCACCAGGGACCACAUUGGGCGUGAAUGGCAAAAGGGUCCUCUCUGCGAUGGCUCCAUGCCCCACUGAACAUGCCAGCAGCUCCUCGUGUUCCUCUCGUUCCUCCUCACAGAGGUCCAGAAGAGGGACCCACACUCCGGGGGGGGCGCCCCGCUCCCCGUCUAGUCAGGUGAAACACUCCCAAAGCAGCAAUAACGCCCUGGCUCGCAAAGCCGGUCCCGCCAGGUCGCCCGUGUCGCCCCCCACACCUUCCCCAGAGAGAAGCGGCUGUGAGGAGCAUCUGUCCCUGCCGAGGAGCCUGGAGCGGCCCCAGCCCCAGGUGGUCUUCCUCAAGGACAUUGUCUGCUACCUGUCCCUCCUUGAGCGCGGGACACCAGAGGACAAGCUGGAGUUCAUGUUCCGCCUCUACGACACAGACGGCAACGGUGUCCUGGACAGUUCUGAGCUGGACCGCAUCAUCAAUCAGAUGGUGCACGUGGCCGAGUAUCUGGAGUGGGACUCCACGGAAUUACGACCGAUUCUGAAGGAAAUGAUGGAGGAGAUCGACUACGACCGAGACGGGACUGUCACGCUGGAGGAGUGGAUCCGAGGAGGCCUGACCACCAUCCCUUUACUGGUCCUGCUGGGCAUGGACACGAAUGUUCAGGAGGACGGCCAGCACGUUUGGCGUCUCAAGCACUUCAACAAGCCGGCCUACUGCAACUUGUGUCACACCAUGCUGCUGGGCGUACGCAAGCAGGGCCUCUGCUGCUCCUUAUGCAAAUACACCGUGCACGAGCGCUGUGCGUCCAAGGACAUCACCGCCUGCAUCAGCACCUACGCCAAGUCUCGCCGGCACACCAACGCGAUGCAGCACGUGUGGAUGGAGGGCAACUCCCCCACCAAGUGUGAUCGCUGCCACAGGAGCAUCAAGUGUUACCAAGGCCUGACCGGCCUGCAUUGUGUGUGGUGCCACAUCACUCUGCACAACAAGUGUGCGUCUCACAUCAAGCCCGAGUGUGAUGGAGGAGCCUUCAAGGACCACACCCUGCUGCCGUCUUACAUCUGUCCUGCUGUCCUCGACCGCCAGUCUGUGGGCAAACGUAGCGAAGAGGACGACACCACCACCCAGGUCUUGAAGUUCUCCCCAGGAGAUGGGCAAGCGCUGCAGAUCUCGCCCCUCCCAGGCAGCCACCCCCUGCUGGUGCUGGUCAAUCCCAAGAGCGGGGGUCGACAAGGGGAACGGGUUCUCAGGAAGUUCCGGUACCUUCUGAACCCGCGGCAGGUGCACAGUCUGGAGCAAGGUGGCCCUGCUGUCAGGCUCAACUUUUUCCAUGAUGUCCCAGACUUCCGGGUGCUGGCGUGCGGAGGUGAUGGCACCGUGGGUUGGAUUCUGGACUGCAUAGACAAGGCCAACUUGGCCCGGCACCCCCCGGUGGCCAUCCUCCCGCUGGGGACGGGGAACGACCUGGCACGCUGUCUCCGCUGGGGGGGAGGUUACGAGGGGGGCAGCCUGCUGAGGUUCCUGCGGGACAUCGAGCAGAGCAGCGAGGUGGUCCUGGACCGCUGGAACAUCCACAUCCUGCCCGACGACAAGGACGACGAGGGCGACCCGGUGCCCUACGACAUCAUCAACAACUACUUCUCCAUCGGCGUGGAUGCUUCCAUCGCUCAUCGCUUCCAUCUGAUGAGAGAAAAGCACCCUGAGAAGUUCAACAGCAGGAUGAAGAACAAGCUAUGGUACUUUGAGUUGGGCACCACUGAGAGCAUAUCAGCCACCUGCAAGAAGCUCAACGAGUGCGUUGAGGUGGAGUGUGACGGCGUGACAGUGGACCUGAGCGGCACGUCGUUGGAGGGCAUUGCCGUGCUCAACAUUCCCAGCAUGCACGGCGGCUCCAACCUUUGGGGCGAGACCAAGAAGAGGAGGAACUACAAGCGCGUGAGCAAGAGGGUUCCUGACAGGACGCCCGGCGGCACCGUCACCGACCCAAAAGAACUAAAGUUCUGCAUGCAAGGACGUCCCGGCGACUGCCCAUGCAGAUUGACGGCGAGCCGUGGAUGCAGCCACCAUGCACGAUCAGGAUCACGCACAAGAACCAGGUCCCUAUGUUGCUGGGUCUGCCCCAGAAGACGUCCUUUGUUUUUUUCAAGAAACGCACCCAAAGUUGGGACUAAGAAGUGUGUGUGUACACAUGAACCCGACCAUGCAUACGACCGUAAAAGCCUUCAUGGGCGGCUCCAUCAGGUUCAAGUAUGCCUCCAGCAAUCAACACACUCCCAACUGCCACACAAACACGCCUGGCGUGCCACACCUGCCAAACAAAACAACUGCAGGAACCAGGUGGACACCUGGACGUGUUGCCGAGCUCAGACUCGGGGACCUGCAGAGGGCAAGUGUUGUGAAACAUCUUCAUGAAUGUUAAAAACCACGGGUGGCUUGGAGGAACCCUCAGUUCUCAAGAAGGAGAAGAGGAUCAAGGUCUUUUGUUGAGGUCUUGAUGGGUUAGCAUCACCUCUCUGUGUGGACUCGAAACGUUGGAACGGUCCAAUGACGGUACAUCCCCUCAGGGACUAACACACCCCUGCAGGUUUUAUUUACCAAAGCACUGCAAGACCCCCUUUCUACGGUAAAUGCAUCCCUCCAUUUCAACUAUUUGAAAGCAUAUGCCUGAUUAGCACCACAAACUGCAAGUUUUGCUUAGCUUAGCACCAAUGUACUCACCUUCCACACCGCCGUGUCUACUAGCAUGUACCCCACAGUGUUAGUGUGUGCAUACUGUUUCUAUACUGUAAAUAUAGUACACCAGGAAGGUAGGAUUGUACUGUACGUAUCUAUGUCCUAAUACAAUAUAGCCCCUGUUAGCUAGAGGACAUGAGUAUCGGUCACCACCAUCACCACUCGCUCGGGUUGCUCCUCCCCUCUUAAGUGGAAUUUGCCUUCUUUUUUAUUCUUGUCCAUUCUGUCACAGUCACAUAAAAACUUCCAAAGUUCUGAUGAGGAACUCUGCUGCUCCAGUAGAACCCUUUCAACAUGACCAUGAUCCUUUCCAGGAUGCAAAAAAAAAAUUAAGGGUGCACGCUAAUUAUCGGUGAGCCGACAUGAGGAAUUACGACGUCAUACCAAUAAGUCUGAUAACCAUUCGAUAAGUGAUACAGUGGUGCCUUGGUUAACGUCAUGAAUCUGUUCGAGAAGGUCAGACGCAAACCAAAACAGAACGGAACACGGAGCUUCAACUCAUCCUGAAACGCCAGAAUCGCUCGAUGCCCGGGGGCUUGUUCCUAUCGCUGGGGCAUUUGAAAAGUGCAAAGAGUUUGCUGGAGAUGACCAACAAGCCAUCCGAUGGCAGCCCUUCACCAUCGUCGAAGAUACCUGCUUGUGUCAGUUAGUAAACACCUCGGAGCCACGCUUCGUACUUCUGAGCUGCCGCCACGGCACUAUUUUUGUAUGUUUCGCUAGCAGUAGUGAUGUCAUGAUAUUUGAUCAGGACAAAUCUACAGGUACACUUUGGGGCUAGCUAGCCACACGGAAGCCGUUUCAGGUCAGAAGGGCAAAGUAUGUUAUGGUUUCAGCUCGGGCUGUCUCUCCAUUCAGGUAUUUCAUUUUCUCCACAGUUAACUCAUAAUUAAUCACAUUUAAUCGCAGGUAGAUUUGAUCUAUAAUCAGUAGAGAUGUAAAUGUCUUUGUGGUAAACGAUUCCUUACACAUCUCCAACCAUAACUGCGCCACAUUUAAUGUCAAUUCUGGAAAUAUGGGCCACUAUUUUAUUCAAAAAGUGUGACUAUUUGGACUAGCCAGUCCACAUUUUGCACAUAUUUUGUUGUCUUAUGAAGUAAUUCCACUUCUCCUAAGUCUAGAUGAGACUCGGAAAGCGGAAGAUGAUGGUCUUAUGCGCAUGCGUUUUCUUUUUCUGUGGUUUAUUUCCAUAAUAUUAUAACUUUUUCCCCAACCUAAUUUUCCAAAAAUUUAUUUUUUUGAUUUGUCAUAAAAAUACGUUUAAAAUUUUUUUCUUGAAUAUUUCCACUCUAUGCUACCAAAAUAUCAUUAGUUUUCUUCCCAAUAUUACAACUUUAUUCUCAUAAAAUUGACUUUUUUUGUCCUCGUCAGAAUACAACUUUUUUAUCUUAAUAUUUGGACUUUAUUCUUGUAAAAUUACGACAGUUUUUUUCCUUUUUUUCCAACUAUUUCAACUUUCUUCUUGUAAAUUCGCUUCUCGUGAUUACAACUUUAUUCCCAUAAUAUUUGGAUUUAUUCUCAUAGCUUUGUAACUUUUUCCACCACCUAAUUUUCCAAAAAAGCAGGCGUUGUUUUGUUUGUUUUUCAUAAUAUUUUGACUUUAAGAAAAUCAUUUCCACUCGAUGUUACUAAAAUGGUGAUUAUUAUUUUUCCUCAUAACAUGCCAACAUUAUUCUGGUAAAAUGAGGGCUUUUUGUCAUUAGAAUGCAACUUUAUUUCUCCUAAUGUUUGGACUUGAUCCUUGUCAAAUGUUUUCUUGUGAAUGUUCCGUGAGCCAGUAGACGCUGGCACAGCCUUGCUGUGAGCCACAUCAGGAGAAACGAGCGUCGCGUGUUACGUCGCUGUCACCGGUAAAUAAAACUUUGUGCUCAAAAAUAAAACACAAACUGUUUGUCAGAGACAUUUUAUGACACCCAAUGGGCAGCUUUAUCCAAACGAUGAUGUCAUAGCCCCGCCCCUGUCUGUGCUGUGUUUACUGUGGUUAGCUGCCGAGCUGUGAAGUGUCAUUUGUUGAAAUGUGGGACUUUUGACAGUACGGUGAUGAUAUUGCUGCCCAGGGCAUACAGUGUAGGAUACCGUAUGCACUUAGUGCAUGCUAGCAUAUCAUAUUGAUAGCGAGUAUGAUCUGGUCUGGGCAGGAGCUAAGAUGCAUUUCAGGGUGAGGUUUUUGUCACCCGAGUUCCCUUUAAAAACUCUAUCGUGUAAAUGCACGUCUGCACAUUGUUGUACAUCAUUCCAUCACGAUCGUGUGUGUGUUUCACGCGUAAACAAGAAUGUUUUGGAGCACAAUAACCGCAGUCACUGGAAUGAACACAUCUUAUCAUGUGCUUGCAACAGCAAGAAAGAAACACAACACGUGAUUCAAAAGUGGCCUCGGCUUGAGUUGAGAUAAAAACUCAAAACGACGACAUAAAAAGUCCCAAUUAAGGGAUAACAGUUCUAAUUUUGAGCUAAAAAGUCAAAAUGAUGAGAUAAAAGUUAUAAUUAUGAAAUAAAAGUACAGAAUUAUGAGAUUAAAAAGUCCUAAUUAUUACAUAAAAGUCCCAAUUAUGAGAUAAGGUCAGAAUUAUGAAAUUAAAAUGAAUAAUUAUGACAUAAAAAGUCAAAAGUACAAGAUUAAAAAGUCAUGAUUUUGCAAUAAAAAGUCAUAAUUAUAGGAUAAAAAAAAGUAUAAUUUUGAGAUAAAAAGUCUAUUAUGACAAACAGUCCUAAUUAUGUCGAAAUUACAAGAUAAACUUAUCAUUUUGAGAUAAAAAGUCCUAAUUAUGAGAUAAAAAGUUAUCAUUUUGAGUUAGUCAUAAUUAUACAUACAUAACUAUAUUAUAGAAUUUAUCAAUGUUUUCCUCAUAAAUGUAAAACUUUUUCUCAUAAAUUUACAACUUGUUUCUUGAAAAUGUACAACUUUUCUCUCAUAAAUGUACUACUUUUUGUCAUAAAUUUACAACUUUUUUCUCAUAAAUUUACAACAUUUUUCUCAUAAAAGUACAACUUCUCUCGCAUGUAUGACUUUUUUUUCUUUCUUUACCUCGCCAUUUCCACUUUUUUCUAGAAAUCUCAGAUUGUUUUAAUACUCAUAACAGGCACUGCCUGAGACAGAAAAAGAAAAUGGGGGACUUAUGUGACCUUUGGCCUUGGGCAAUGGUAAUAUUACAAAUGUUUUCUCAUUUUUCUCAUAAAUGUACAACUUUUUUCUCCAACUUUUCUCCGAGAUAAAAAGUCAUAAUUAUGAAAUAAAAAGUGGAACUUAUGAGGUAAAAAAUAGGGCUGUCAAAUGAUUAAAAAUGGAAUCAUAUUAAUCAGUUUUUAAUGAAUUCAGCAUGAUUAAUCACCAUGAGCAACUCUGUGUGAAAUAUACCCAUUUUGACAUGAAGAGAAGGAUGAAUGACAGGACAGGAUGAUACUGUGUAUAUUUGUAUACCGUAUAUUAACAGCGCCGAAUGAACCGAAUAUGUCAAUCAAGCUAAAAGAUAGCACACAAGUGUAAACAUCUCUUUGUACAACACUAGUCUCUUGACUAGUAUUAGAACAUUUGAAUCACACUUGAAACUGUGUUAUUCAAGAUUCAAGAUUAUUACUGUAUGAGCAAUGGGGGGUUGCGUUCAAAGACAUCACGUAAUUUAGGGUAAAUACAUUUUUUUCAGUGUAAUUUCCAGCAUAAUUAAAUGCAGCAAGUUGUACAUCUGAAUGAACCCUUCAGGCAUCACUCUGGAUAGGACUAUUUCAAACGGUUGUAGCCGUUCGGAGUUCGCAGUGUCACGAACUCGCUGAAACAACAAAUAUUAAACACAGACGACUGUUGUAAGGCAAGCUAAUAGGCUAACCGCCACGAUGUGUUGCUUAGCAACAGCAACAAUGCAAAAGAGAAAAGACAAGAGAAUCUGAUGUCGGCUCAAGCAGCUCGGGUCGAAGUACCCCGGAGUCGAUCAUAGACACAGAGUCACCAAGGAUGAAAGAUAUAUUGACCCCAGUCUGAAGCACCGGCUCUCCAAGCAUGCAGAAUCACUACAGGAGGGAUUGACAGCGCAGACGUCAAAGCUACUGCAGGAUAUGAUGAAAAAGCAACAACAAUAAACCCUGGAAAACAGUAAAAAGAAUACAGAACAGAUUCUCCUGAGACUACGGAGGCUGGAUCACCUGGAACAAUCCAUCAGAUCCAUGAAACAGGAGGUUGAAAACCCGAGGGAUGAAGAUCAAAGCCUGAGAGUGGAGAAUAAGGUACUACAGGAUGCUAACGCUGCACUAACGAGUGUUGCUCUCAAACAAGAUCAUGAAGAAAAAGAGAAAGUCGUUCAGCCUCUGAAGAUCAGUAUUGACGACAUGGACCACAACACACCAAUGAAUGAUGUGAUCGUGACGGUGCUUCCCCAUUAAACCCAGGUCCUAUGCCAAACAAAACGAUACUUACUAAUGAAUCAAUACUUACUAAUAUUCAUACAUGCUGUACUAAUAAGCCAAUAUUGACUUAAUAAACUAAUACUUAUGAAUGAAUCAAUACUUACGCUUGUCCCUGCUUUGCACUGCAAGGUCAGGGCUGGACAGAAGCAAAGAAUGUUGUUGAAGAUCAUGGAGGAAGGUGGAAAUGCACGUGUCUAUCCAAUGCGCUGCAAAGGCGAAUUUGGACCCAGAGCAUGUGUGAGAUUUUAAGGAUGGUUGCUUUCAUCACAGCUGCUGGGAAUGUUUGUUGUAUGACCUCUGACCUCGUCAGGCGCUCACUGCUUGAUGUUUUUAGGUCUUUUUGCCUUCCUGC